AUGACGAAGACCAGGUGCAGGGAAUCCAGGAGAGCGGCAGAGAUGAUGAGGGAUUGCAAACAGGUGUGCGACAGGGAGGAUCAUGGGAAAUGCCAGACCAGUAGCCAGACCAGCAGUCGAUCCAGACAGACCAGUAGCCAGACCAGCAGUCGAUCCAGACAGACCAGUAGCCAGCCCAGUCAGACCAGUAGCCGGUCCAGACAGACCAGUAGCCGGUCCAGACAGACCAGUAGCCAGCCCAGUCAGACCAGUAGUCAGUCAAGCAGUCGGUCCAGACAGACCAAUAGCCAGCCCAGUCAGACCAGCAGUCAGUCCAGCAGUCGGUCCAGACAGACCAGUAGCCAGCCCAGUCAGACCAGUAGUCAGUCCAGCAGUCGGUCCAGACAGACCAGUAGCCAGCCCAGACAGACCAGUAGCCGGUCCAGACAGACCAGUAGCCAGCCCAGUCAGACCAGUAGUCAGUCCAGCAGUCGGUCCAGACAGACCAGUAGCCAGCCCAGUCAGACCAGUAGUCAGUCCAGCAGUCGGUCUAGACAGACCAGUAGCCAGCCCAGACAGACCAGUAGCCGGUCCAGACAGACCAGUAGCCAGCCCAGUCAGACCAGUAGUCAGUCCAGCAGUCGGUCCAGACAGACCAGUAGCCAGCCCAGUCAGACCAGCAGUCAGUCCAGCAGUCGGUCCAGACAGACCAGUAGCCAGCCCAGUCAGACCAGUAGUCAGUCCAGCAGUCGGUCCAGACAGACCAGUAGCCAGCCCAGACAGACCAGUAGCCGGUCCAGACAGACCAGUAGCCAGCCCAGUCAGACCAGUAGUCAGUCCAGCAGUCGGUCCAGACAGACCAGUAGCCAGUCCAUUAGUCGGUCCAGUCAUUCCCAAUGUGCAGGAAAACCGCGACCCUGGCAACUAUGGAUUUGA